AUGGACGCUGAAUCAAGAAAAAGAAUUUUUACUGGCACAAUUUUUACUGCCAGCUUUGGAGCUGCUACUGGCACUAUUGCUAGUUUUUUAAAUAAUAGGCCCUUGUUUCGAAACGCUUUUAUAGCAGGAUUAAACUGUGGGAUAAUUGGUUGUACAUUUUUCUGUUUCAGAGAAUCAUUUUUGUUGUAUCAAAAAAAGCAUAAUCCAAAAUUGGGAUUAAAAGAUUAUCAGACUAGGAAUUAUGAUGAAUUUAUUAGUAGUACUUUGGCUGGGGGAAUGACUGAAGGAAGUCGUCAAGGAAUUAUUCCAGGCUUCAUUGUGUUUUCACUUUUAUGUGGUGCAGGACAAUAUUGUUAUACUAGCUUAUAUAAUCUUAGACAACAAUUAAUUCUUGAAGAAAUUCGGGAUAAACAAUUAAAAAAAUCAUUACCGGAAAAUGCAGAAAGUGAAAAUAAUAAAAAUAAUAAAGAUACUGGUAUAUUUGCUUGGCUUGCAACAAAGAAUUGGUCACCAGUUAGAAAAAUAACUAAAGAAGAAUAUUUCCGAAUUAGAAAAGAAAGAUUAAGAGAAAAGGGCAUAGAUAUGGAAGAUGAAGAAGAUUCUAAUAUCAAUUUUAAAAAAUCAGAAAUGAAUGAUUAA